GAAGGAAAUAAUAUUUUUAGAGAGAAGGAAAAAUUAUUAGUGCCAAAUUCUAGAGAGAGAGAGAGACCCGCUUUUGAUCGAGAGAUACCAAGUUGCAACCCACAGAUUGAAACCAGAGAGAGAGGGGAAUUUGUGGGCUCGAUCGCCAUCGCUGAAGCAGUCAUGGGUACCCUAAGCACGUCUGUAAAUCUAAGAGGAUCCGCUUCCUCUCUUUUCUCUCUUUUACCCGAAAAAUCGAGACUGGCGCACAGGGUAUCACUUCCAUCUGCUUUUAACAAGAAAUCUCCUGACAAUUGCAACCACGGAGAGCCGGAGAACACAUCUAUUGUACCUCAGGUUUCUUUUGCCCCAUUCUCGAAGGAUGCAGCCAUGGGACUGGUACUUAGUGCAGCAACAGGUAGAGGGUGGACUACUGGCUCAGGCAUGGAAGGUCCCCCUGUCUCUGAGGCCGAUGUCUCAAAUGCUCAACAACCAGUGUCGACAUUCCCGUGGUCCCUCUUCACGAGGUCUCCUCGCCGGCGCAUGCGUGUCGCCUUCACCUGCAAUGUGUGUGGCCAACGCACCACUCGUGCGAUCAACCCACACGCCUACACAGAUGGCACUGUCUUUGUUCAGUGUGCUGGUUGCAAUAUAUUCCACAAAUUGGUUGAUAAUUUGAAUCUGUUUCAUGAGAUGACGGGUUAUGUACACCCAAAAUUCAUCCGAAGAGAGCCAAAGAGAGAUGGGCCUUUCGACUAUCUGGACAUUGAUGAUUUCCCUCUCUUCUAAGAGAGAGGUGGUAAAGGAUUAGGAUUGGAUGUUUAUUGUUCUUUUUCAUUUGCACCAGGGAAUCUUGUUGAAACAGUCAUCAUUGAUCUUUUACUGAUUGUGUAUCAAACAGUAUUGUAAAUAUCAGUCUAAUAAUAAAUCCUUUUUAUGUAAAAUGUGGAUCUUAUUGCCUCAGUUAAUAAAAAAGAGUGGUUCUUAUUACCAUUCA